UUUGGCAGUGUUUAGGCAAGCACUUAAAUAUUAAUGUGUUUUUGUGUGUUUGAAAACAACAAGUUUUUGUUUCUCUGGUGUUUUGGUGUUUUUCUAUGUUUUGUUUAUUUGUGUCUGCUGUUUUGUUGUUUGUUUCUGAUGUUUUAUCGUUUCUGUUUCUUUGAUGUUUAGUUGUUUCUGUUCUGGUAAAUGUUUUUAUUGUUCUGGUGUUUUGUUUGUUUAAAACAAUUGUUUUGUUGGUUUUAAUGUUGUUUUAAUCAAUAAAAACACAAUUUAAACAUUAUAAUGUUUUUCUAUGAUGUUUUAUCUUCCUAUGAUGUUUUUCUGUUGUUCUUUUAUUGUUCAAUGUUUAGACAAACUAAAAUCAAUCUCUGCCUUUAUAUAAUUUUUAAAUGUUGUUUUCUUUUCUCAACAAUUUUUUUUUCUCAAUUUCUAACAGUAUUUCCGCUUAGUUAAUUAAAACCACAUGAGAGAAUGAAUGACAAACAUUUUUUAGAUUGUUUUGUCAUUUUAAACAUUACACUACUAUGUGGUCGUUGAAGUUCCGGUGUUCUUCUUCUUCUUUUCUUUUUUUUCUCUAUUUUUUCACGCAACUCUAAUUCAUCCCUUCUUUACCCCUCUAAAUUUUGCAAAGGAUUUUUUUUUAAUUUUAUAAAAUUAAUUUCUUUGUUGUUCACUCUAAAAAAUUGUUUUUUCUUUCCAAUUCUUCCGGUUGUUUGUUUUUCUAAUUUUAAAUUCUUUUUAAAAAAUUGCUGUGUGUUUUUUAAUU